AUGGCCAACUACGAGUAUGGUAUGCUCGACCAGGCAGAUGAGGAUUCCCUACACACAUCGCGUCUACUCAAUGUUGAGGAGAAGCCAUUCAAGCGUAUCACCAAACGCCUCCUCACACCCGCAUCCCUAAUAUCAAGGCCACCUACAUCGCUACCAACACCUCCCCCGGACAUCUCCGCCGCCGACGAAGAAGCCGCUGCCGUUGACGCCUCACGCCGGAGACAAGCCGAAGAGCGCAAACAAUGGCGUGAAGACAUGGUGCUCGACUUCGCCGCCUUCGAAGGCAGCAUAGUGCGCAUGCAGCUCCUGCGCACCAGCAACGAAAAAGAGCGCGAGCGCUACGCCUCCGAGAAGAUCAAGAUCUCAGAGACUGCGCAGGCGAUUAGAGACAACACGGCCGAGCUGCGGGUCCAGCUGGAGGAGGCGCAGAAGACUCUGGCGCUCAGGAAGACAUACGACGAGCUGGCGGAGAAGAUCACGAGUAACCGCAUGCUCAAGUCUAGAGAUGAGCAGCAUGUGCAGCUCGAGAAGCUGAACGCGGAGAUUGCGGAGCUGGAGAGCGAGAGCGCACACUAUGCGCAGACGUGGGCGGAGAGGAGGGAGCAGUUUGGGAGGAUAGUGGAGGAGGGGAGGCUGAUGUUGAGGCUGAUCAGGGAUGAGAAGGAGGAGGCGGAGAGGAAGGAGGGCAUGGAGGGUGGAGAGGAUGCGGAAGAGGGCGAGGGCAGCACGACGCGUGGAGAAGCGAGUGCGGUCGGCACACCGAGACCUGAGGUUGACGGAGCGACUCCUCUGCACACCAGUCAAGACACAGAGGCGCCAGCGAGUGCUAGGCAUGCACCGACGAGACAUCGUUUAGCGCCACUUUCGUCGCCGGCAAGGAGCGGCAGUCGAGCAGCAUCGCAACCUCUGCAGCCCUCGUCAGGUGCAGAAGCAGACAAUCAAGACGCAGAUAUGGCUGACUCUGGGGCUGUGACUACCCCAGAUAAGCGGCGGGAGGACAGGUCAGAUAUCGAGGAGGGCGAAGAGGCAGAAGAUACCCCUGCAGAGGAGAGGAUGGACGUCACUUAG